AUUUCAACCUAAAAAAGAGAAGAGGAAGAAGAAGAAGUGGGAAAUUUGAUAUGGGAAGAGAUUUGUCGCGAUCAAGGUCACCACAACAUCAUAGACGUAGUAGGAAAAUUCAUAGGGCACGAAGCCGAUCACCUUAUAGCAGAAUGCUGUAAGAUUAGGAUACAUUUCCCUUCUUAUAAGAACUUGAGAGAAGUUGCUUGCUUCCCGUUGUUGGGUGGUGAAGUUGCUUCCCAUCGUUGGGAGGUGAGCAGGUAAAUAUAUGCUGCUGGUUUUACUUUGUUCCUCCAUUGUGAUUAGCGACAUCAUGUGAUAAAGAUGGAGUAUCCCAAAGCUUUUGUUUUACAGUUUAAUGAGAAGAAAAAGCCGUUCUAUAUCCCCACGCCGGCACAAAAAUCGUUCUCGCACCCCAAGGCGUCAUAGAAGUCGUUCAGCUUCACCUAGGCGCUAUAGGCGGCGGCGAAGUAACAGCGCUUCGUUGUCUCCUGUACGUAAAUCUCCUAGUCCAAGCCUUGACUCAGUAGAGCAAAAAUGUGCCAGUGAGAAGUUGAAAUUAGAAGAAGAGAAGCAAAGGCGUCAGCAAGAAGCUGAAUUAAAAUUAAUUGAGGAGGAAACUGCUCGGAGAGUGGAGGAAGCAAUUCAUAAAAUAGUUUCUGAGAGCUUAGAUUCUGGGUCGAUCAAGCUAGAAAUACAGAGGCAAUUGGAGGAAGGUAGGAAGAAACUACAUGAAGAGGUUGCUGCUGAACUUGAGAGAGAAAAGCAAUUUUCACUAGUUGUUGCUCAGCGGAAAGAGGAACAAGCUCGAAAGGAGAAAGAAGAACUUGAAAAGAUGCUGGAAGAGAACCGGCGAAGGCUUGAAGAAGCUCAGCGAUUUGAAGCACUGGAGCAACAGCAAAGGGAAGAAGAACGGUAUCGGGAACUGGAAGAGAUGCAAAGGCAGAAGGAAGAGGCUAUGAGGAGGAAGAAACAACAAGAGGAGGAAGAACGGGUGAAACAGAUGGUCUUGCUUGGCAAGAACAAGUCUAGGCCAAGACUGUCAUUUGCCCUUAAUUCAAAAUGAGCAAAUCUAGAUUUGCGAUUUGAAUGUAUGGUCACAAAAAAUUUAUUUGUUACAUAUAAGGUGGAAUUUUGGUGCUUGAUUAUCUGUCAA